AAGUGGAGCGUCAUUCCAGGAAGUAAAAUAUCCGGCUCGACCAGCGGAGUACAGAGGUAAGAAGAAGCAUAUUAACCGAGUCAUAUUCAUUUUUUAAGGUUUUUCUGGACAUGUAUAGAGGAGGUCCUUAAAAGUCUACACGGAUUGGUGAGAUUUUUCCCUCAGCAGACCAGGAUAAAUAGUAAGUUUUUCUGCAUAUCAGUGAAGGUAGGCGAAGCUUGUAUGUAUGAUGCUCCCUCCUCUCACUCUGUGACUGAUAGUUCACUUGCUGCUGUGUUACAUGAUGUCUGUGAUAAAACUCCAAGACUGUCAGCCUCAGAUUUCUGCUUUUUCUUUAUUAUUUAUGUGUCCGCUGAAAGACAGCUUGCAAAUUUGUUGAGUGGAGGAGACGGAGGUAGACUGAGGGCAAUCUGACAGCCUCUGAUUCACUUCCAUGAUCCUGACUGAAGCAAUAGUCUGCUGCUGCACCUUACACUGAAGUUACAGAGGCACAACCAUAAUGAUCAACAAAUAACUAGGCAUGCUUCAUGCUGCUCACCUAAAUAACAGGGAAGUAUUACAGUAAGGGAGGUUGAUAUUUAACACAGAGGCUUUUAUAAAACUAAAGACAUGGCAUAAAACAUAAAAAGAAAUAUACCUAUGCAUUGUCAUUUACAGAUAAACAUGAGCACACUUUGAAACAUGUUUUAUAUUCUACUAAAAGAAUUGUGAUUAUUCAAAGCAGAUUUAUGGCAUAUACUGAAAACAAUGGGUUUUGUGGGUUUUACUGAAUCAAGUUAGAAAAUAAAAGUCUGACAACAAGAGGGAAAUUGUUAAAUCAAGAAAAGAGCUUUGAAAUGACAAAAAAAGUUUUAAAUUCAUAUAUUCUGAUCAGAGUUAAAGUUAAACUUGUUUUCAGGCACUGCAUCUUGUCAUGGGUUAUCGUUUGUGCGUUUUAAAAAGGAUGGUAGGUGAAUUCUGCUGUUUUUGCUGCUCAUUAAUGCAGAAAAACAAGACAGAAAAUUUUUAUUUAUAAAAAAAUUGUCUCAUGAUUUGGAGAUAAUUGUCUGGUUUACACAGAAAAACAGAGUUGAAUUUUUUUUCCUCAAGUAAAUGCAAUCUGCACAUCCAUGAACUUGCACAUGCACCAACCAUCAAACCCUAGUUUAUCACUGCGUUCAUUUUGGGUUUCUGGUAUGGAGGACUUUUAUUUGCAAAUCUACACACAGAUUUAUGAAUGUAUCAUAAAUGAGGCCCCAAGUCAGAAUGUAGGACUCCAUUGCAUCUCAUGACGAGUUUGCGUAUCUCAACCAGCUGAUAACCCUUUAGCUAAUCCUGCCGUUCUAAGCAUGUAAGACAUUGCACUGUGGUUUCAAAAGUCCCUUGCACUUAGGGACUAAACUGGGGAUCGUCAACAUACUUCUGAAUAUUCUCUUAACUUUACCUUUCAAGGAGUAACUCUUUUUGGCUCAAUGACAGUCAACCAGCAGUUCAACCAGUUCAGUUUUGAUUUCCUCUUACACAAGUGUGUUGAUGCUUUCUACAGCAGCGAUCCAAAGAAAGCACAAAGUAAAUGUUUAAAUAAUGCGUCCACACCCGUUUGAAUCUGCAACUGUGUUGUUGUUCUCAAGGCUUGACAUUGCAUCUAUUCAAGUGUAAAGACUAGUUCAGUUUGGGUGGUGCUGGUAUGUAGUUAAGGUUUUGAAUUAAGGCCUCAGGACAAAUGAAAAAGAGCUUUACCUUCUCUGACCCAAAUGCUCCUCUGAGGGUUGUUCUUAGAGCACAGAGUAGUUUGAAGGCUCUGUUUUCACUUCAGGGUAUUUUUUUACUCAUACAAUGACCCGAGUGCUAAUCCUGGGAAGUCUUUAGUGGUAAUUUAAAGCUCCUAUGAGGUGUUUUUAACAUUGAUGAAACAGACUAGAAUUCAUGUUGAUGCCCUCUAAUGGUAUACAAAAGCAAACAAGACCAGCAGAAACAAGACUGAACAUUUUUAUAACCCUGUUUUUAUUUUCUGAAACCAGUGCGAGAGGGGUAGGUCCAGGUCUUGCAGCUUAAGAAACAGCCUAGUUUCCACACAAAAUAUUCACAAUGGAUGAGAAAUUUCACUGUCAAAAGUCAGAAUGAGAUUUGUUGUCAUAAACCAAUACUGAAGCAUGUAGCACGCAAGAUAAGCAAGGGCUCUUUGUCCACAUGGGGGCACUAAAACUGGCACAAAACAGAAGUUGCUCACAGGAGCUUUAAGGAUGAAUUUUAUAACCAGGGCCUGAGUACAAACUGAUGUAAGGACCUCAGGAUGAAAGGACGAAACCUCAUUUUUUUCUGUCAUCUCCUCCAACAUCAUUUGUGCUGUAGUAACCACACACACUGCAGUAAAGGCUAAUAUAUGAGGAUAGUGUGAAACAACCCUUUGUAUUUUGACAUUUAUACUGUAUUCUUUAUGUCCCUUAUUAUAUAAAACAUGCUUUUAUUUUGGAAAAUAAGUUUACUUUAUGUCUAGUAAGUUGUGGAAAUGAAUAUGCAAAGCAAAAACAAAAGGUUAGAAGUAUAAACGGUAAAUGCGCUAGCACAGCUUUACAACUGUCUGUCCAUCUUUCAUACAGCUACGACAGCGAGCUGGCUAGCUAGUUACAUUGUUCCUCCAUUUAAAGGCGGGUGGCAACUAUGCCUCAGCGAGACAAGUCAAAAUUUUGAUCUCAGGAUUUUAUUUUUAGUCUGUUAGGAUGACGGUGUUAAUACUUCAGUCAAAUGUAAAGAGGUCGUGCAUACGUAAACAUGCAGUAUGUUCCCUUGUUAUAAUUCCUCAGCUCAUCGUUAUGUCUGACAGCAGAAGAAAAGGAGAAAAAAGGGUUGUAGUGUGCAACUGUGCCACCUUCAUUUCUCCUCCCCUCCCAUUUGUACUUUGUUGUGUUAAGUUUCUGCCAUUUCCAGUGGGGUGGAUAUUUCAGAAUAAAGGCAUUUCGGCAUUAAUACAACUGCAGACUUUUAUUUUGAAGAGUGUGCGGGAAACAUGUUUAUCAUCAAAUCAUUCUCAUGAGUUUUAGUCAGAACUCUUACCAUGGGUAGGUCAACAGCUGCAGCCUAUUUGUCUUUAUCAACUUCAGCCCCUUAAGACAACUGGGCCAUGGUUCAAAAUACACCUCAGAGCAGGUUUACCUGUUUUGAUAUGUGUAAUGCUGUGACUUGCCGACAUCAAACAUGAAGAGAAAAGAGCACCAGCUUAUCUGGUCGCUGUAAGAGUAACUGGCUGCAGUGCAGACACAGCAAACUACUGUAAGCAUGUGCGCAGUUGGACCUGCUUAAGCAUAUGCGCAGAGGGAAAUUGGACCUCCCCUUAGAUUUGAGCUGUUACUGAUCUCACCAGCGCAAGUUUUUCUUCUUCGUGUCUUUUUUUACAUUUAUUUAUCUAUCUUUUAUUUAAUCUUCAUUUAACCAGGAAGUCUCAGAGUAAGAGGCUCAGAUUCAGAGUUGAAAGACACCUUCUCCAAAUAUUGCCACUAAAUCUACAAAUGUCACCAGUGGCAGUUGGUCAGUAGAGUUGCUAAAGCACUGCCCUGUCCCUGUCUACAGAUAUUGGCAGAAUUUUACUAUAAACGUUUAAAAAAAAGUCAGAUUUAGGUUUAAUAUUUUUACCAGCUGAGUAAAAAGAAUUAACUGUGGUAAAAAUCCAGAUUAAGAGUUUUCUACAUGUCUCUAUUUACUGAUCGAUCACAUAUUUCUGGUCCAGGGUACAAUCCUUUGUGCCCUCUGGCCUCCAUUGACUCCUGUUAUAAAGCUGCACAUGCACAGUCCCUCCUCUCAAUACAAGAGAUGGGAGCUGGGGGUUUUUUUGGCGCAAAUUAUUUCUUUCUUGGACUGGAAAAACACGACUGAUCAGCAGUGCUGUGACCUUAGGUUCAGUUCUAUUUGCAUUAACAAAUGUAAUCAGAAAUUUAAAUAACACAAUUGAAAUAGCAAAGUUUGAAAGGAUUCAUUAGGAUUCAAGUAUUUUAGUGUUGAAGCACAGUGGCGGUUAGAUUCAGAGGUCAUUUCUGUCUUGAGGGACUGUAGUUUGGGAUAGAAAGAGAAGACCAGUUUCUGUCUCUGUCAAAACUAUGAGCUAUGAGAGAUCUUAUAAGGAGUUAAUAAGGAAAUGGAAGAAACGGUCAGCAUUGUUCUGCAUGUGUGGGAAAUAUUUAUGUUUUUUUUUCUUUUUUACAAAUCUGUUUCCAGCGCACAAAGCACACUUAUAAAAGAAACUCCUCUGAAGAUGGUUGACUCCUCGCUGGUGCAAGUGGAAAAGAAUCUGAGUGAAGCCAUGAAAAUCUUCAGAGACGAACAGAGGUACGAUUAGACUCAGAAUCCAUACAACCUACUUUUAAUCAGGAAAACAUUAAUUACGUCAGAAAGGAAUCUGUUAAUUUGCAGUAGUUUGGAUUUCUGAACAAGUGGAUAAUUAAUGCAAUUAUGUAAUAAUUCAAAUGCGUCUUCAAAUAUCUGUGUUUGGUCCAUGCAUUUUUACAGUGAGUCGGAGAUAAGAACAGAGAGUCAUCCCUCAACCAGAACAAGCAUGCCUGGCCCCCUGCAGGGAGAGUAAGACACACACACACACACACAUAAAAAAUUACACUGUUAUGAUUGUAUGUUUUCUUUGUUUUUUCGAGCAUAUAUGUUUAUAUGUAAUCUCAAUGAUCUUCUCUGCAGUGGUCAGGAUGUUUCCACAAUUCUGCACUUUUUCAACAACCUUAUACACGAUGAAGAGGAGGAAGAGGACAGGCCCAGCCAACAGUAAGUGGAGCUAGUGACUAAAAAUAAAAAGAUUAAUUGUUGUGAGGUAAAAAAUUUUGCACCUCUAUUUGAAUAAAUGUAAACCAUAAUUUUCAAUAAAUCAUGCUGAACCCAAAUCUAAAGUAAUCAAAGCAGAGAAAUAUUAGAAAAGCUGUCAUUUUAUGUUAUGGCUGUCUAAAAAUGCACUAAAAGAGGCUUUACUGCAAGAAGAAAGGAAGAGACUCUUUAGGAAGGACUAUUUUUUACUUGGUUUUGCAGUUACUCAUAAUUACAUGUUUUGGGAUUUUCAGUAAAAUCCAGAAUAUGGGUGAAGAAGGUCACGUAGCCCUGCUGGGUCACAGCCUGGCAGCAUUUACCGCAAUGUUGGACACCGAGCAACUACGAAAGCUGGCGACAAGAAUACUGUCUGACACCACACUGUGGCUCUGCAGACUGUUCAGGUAAGCCUGUGAUGAUAGUUACACAUGGACAAUCCAGCAUCAUCAGGAGCACAGUAUCCCUCUAUUACAGUCUUAAGUAGAGAUGGUAGUGUUACUGUCAGAGUUACGGUCAACUUCAGCGCUUGGUUUUGUAACUUAUCUGCCUCUCAGGUAUGAGAACGGUUCAGCAUACUUUCAUGAGGACGAGAGGGAGGGCCUGGUUAAAGUGUGUCGACUGGUCAUAAAUGCACGUUAUGAAGAAUAUACCUCUGAGGGCUACGCAGUCUUCAGCCACAAACAGCCAGUUAUUUACCAAAGCGCCUCUGGACGGCCUGGACUUGGACAACACCUAUGCAGCCAGGUAGGAUUCCAGUAUUAUUUUUAUGGGGGUUGGCAGACUAUAUACUUGAGGACACCAAUAUAUGUAAACUCUGCAUACCAAUAGGCUAAAAUGCACCACGGUAGCAGGUGUGGUCUAUCAUGUACACCCCUCAAUACAAUGAUACCAUAAAAGCAUCUUUACAACAUUCAAAUAUGAAAAUGUAAAUGUUUAACCAACAUCUCACAACACACUUUAUGUUCAAUGAAUAGAGGAUAUAUGAAAGAUUACCUACAGUUGUCUGGUUUUUGAGAAGAGAGAGAAGUUGAUUGAGUCGUAAAAUGGAUGUAGACAAUAAAGAGAAAUGUUAAUUUUGACGUUUCUGUCAGUAGCUCGGCCUCCCACUCUCAAGUCUGUGCACAGUCCCUUGCAAUACCGUCUUUGGAUCCCAACACCAAAUGGUAGGCGAACACAAAUUAAAUUAAAAAACACAUAAAUAGCACAGUAAGUUACUUUAAAAUGACUAAAUCUGAAUCCUUUUGUGUUUUGAGGACAUUGCUUUGUUGGAGAAACUCAUCAAAGAGGACGUCGAAUCUGGCAAACUUCCACUGCUGUUAAUAGCAAACGCAGGUACAGAAAAAUCACAGCGUGAAGAAACUGUGGAGAAAAAAUCUGUUACAUGAGUUUAUAUAAGCUUUUUUUUUUUUACACUUUUUCCCAGGAACUCCUUGGGGAGGACAUACUGACAAGUUGAGUCGCCUGAGGAACUUGUGUGACCAGAACAGCAUGUGGCUCCAUGUAGAAGGGUAAGUUAGUUUUCAAACCCUUUAUGACAUUUAGUUUAAAUACAUCCACUUUAAUUCUAACAGAGGAACCCUGGUUUACUGUAGUGAAGUCAUAAUUAAUCAUAAUUGUGAAUUGUCUUCAACAGGGUCAACCUGGCAACCCUGGCUCUGGGUCAGGUCACCUCUGCUACCAUGGUAACCUACAGCCUGUUAACUUAGAUCCAGAAAUUACCUGAAAAAUGUUGAAUUUGUAUGUGACACGUAUGAUGUUUUAAUUUGUCUCUCUCCUCCAGGCAGCCAACGAAAGUGAUAGCAUGACCCUUACUCCAGGUCAAUGGCUGGGACUGCCAGCAAUCACAGCGGUCACCCUUUACAGACAGGAAGACCCAGCUAUGGUACAGUGACUUUUCAUACCUUAGCAAGUGUUUAGUUUCAUUUUUUGUCUUUUUUAUUGUUUCACAGAAAUAUAAUCUAGGUUAGUUUUAAGCCCUGCUUUUUGGGCAAGUUGGAGUUUCUUAUCUUACUUUGCUACCAGUAUUACAACCUCUGAGAUCAUGUCGACCACUCUUUAAGUGUUAUCAUUUUUCCUGUAUUAUGUUUGUGAGAAUAAAAGUUGUAAAAGAGAGAAAAAAAAAGGUUUUGUAUGUCAGUCUUUGGCAGCAGGUUUGACCUCCAGCAGUCCGAUGUUGAAGCUGCGAGCCCUGCCCCUCUGGCUCUCCCUGCAGUAUCUCGGCCAUAAUGAAAUCGUCCGAAAGAUCCGACUCGCCACUGAACUGGUAAGCCCCCCUCUGACCUAACAACGUUUUCAUAUCGGUGAUUGUAUACACACCAGGUUUACGUUUUCUAGAGUCUUAUUGUCACUGUGGCAGCAAGUCAAUAAAAGAGACAACAAAGUGAAUUCUUCGUCUUUAUCUCCCUCCUUUUUAGAGCCAGCUACUCCGAGAGAAGCUCAAAACUUUGGCCUCCAUCAAAACAUUGGUAGGUGUUUCUUUUUAUAGAUAUGUUUGUAUUAUUAAGGUAAUGUUCUGGAGGAAAGUUGAUUUUGGUUCUUACCUCUCAACCUGUCCAAGCCGUCACAUCUUGAGACAACUUGACCUUUUUGGCCGUGUCAUCUUUCUCCUAUCUGCUGUUUGAGAUAAAUCUUUUAUUAUUUUAAUGUUAUCCUCUUGUUAUGCCAAAGUUAUUGGGUUGUGUGUGUUCUUACCUUAGCCACAGAUAUUACUGAGUCCAGCUCACCAGCAUGAGAAAUGUGUGUAAAUGUAAGCCUACCAUUAGCCUCUGUGUUCUUUUAUUACUUUCUUCUUUAGUCUUCAUAUUGUAUUUAUAUAUUUAUUUAUUAACAGGAUUUUUCUGCCUUUACUUACAGUGUAGAUAAGAGUGUGGGAAAGCUGUACUUUAAAGGGUCAAAGCCAGGAGACAAACUUGUGAAUCUUACGAAUCAAAAACUGUGACCCUUCGAUUUAAACUUUUUUUUAUUAACUUUAUUUUCUUUCUCUCCCACAACAAAAUCACUCUGGUUGUUCUCUUUUGCAACCUUUAAGUGGUGAUAGCUGCCACAAAUCAGAUCAUUUGUUAAAUUAAAUGAUACUAAUCCCUGAAACCUAAUCAGUGUCUUUGUGUCGCCAACAGAUGGAAGAUGAAAUAAACUCUCCUGUGGUUCUCUUCAUGUUCUCCCAGGAGACAAAUCCAAGUAAGUAUCCCACACUGCAGAUCCAGCAGACAAGACUAAGCUGUAUGUUAGCUGUUGCUUUUUCCAUACAAAGGUUUUUACUAAUCUGAUUUGUUCACUUGUUUAUACAUUAAAAUAAUCAAAAUCAUCAGUUCAUGAAUCCUUUUUAGACUCCUCUCAGAACAUUUCGGGGAACAAGUUUAAGAAGAAUAUUGGGAAGAUGUUGCCGUGUGAGGCUCGGUGUUUCUUUCGUACUUUAGUAACCUUUCUGUCCUUUGUUUUUGGGGGGAUUCAGCGGAAGAUUACAGCUUUGUGGAGAAAGAGUUGCUUGACUCCCUGAACAGAUGGGUGAGUAUACUGGGAUGAAAAAAUUAAUCCUAGUCUAAGGUGGCAGAAGAUAUUAAUGUUACUGCAAACAAUCAUUUAUUGUGUGAAAAUGUGUCAUUUCUUGUCUAAAUGUUCUAAAGUUGUCCGAUCACCAAGCGUGUACACUCACUUUUCUCUUUCUUAAUAUUCAUGGGUGUAGCUGGGUGAACAGCUCCUCCAGCAGGUUCCUAACACUGGUGUAAAUGUGGUUGAGCUUGAAGACGAAGGAACAUGUAUGUCCUUCAGUCCCCUCCUGACUGCUGCAGGUAAGACAAACAAGAACACAGACUAAUCCUGGAUUUUUUCAGUGUAAAAACACCACCAGUGAACCAACAAAACCAUGACCUUCUCCCUCCUAAGACCUCGGGACUCAGCUGGAGGACAUCGAGAGUCUGGUGGAGAAGCUGUCAGAGCUGGUUCGUUUGAUGAGCUCCACGACAGCCUUGAGAAUGGAUUUCAGAAGAGAGAUCCAACAACACACACCUACGCUCACGUACGUGGAGGAUCUUGGAUGGCCUGGCCUAGGCUCUGUCCGGUAAGGAUAGAUUAAAUCCUCCCUCUUGUGGUGGAAAGUAGGCGUCUAACUAUAUGUUGUAAUUGCACAGAUGUAUUAUCUGGGAAUAUAGAUGGUAAUUUCCGAAUAAAAACAUGAAUAUUUACCCAGUGAGUCUGCUGAAACUGGACAGAAGUCUUUGUUGUUUCUCCAGUUUCCAGUCAUAACUUCUCAUCGUUUAGUUGAGUUGAUGGAAAAUAGUGGAGGUUUUUGUCAGUACUCUAGCUUUUGUUCCUAAAGGGAAGAUUACCUAAUGUGCUGAGUUAGUGAUUAUAGCAGAAAUUGUCAUAUUUAGGUACGAGCUCCAGGCGGUAGGAAUGGAUGAAAGCAGAAGACAGCAGGAGGUGGAGAAGAUCAACACUGAGCUGCUCAAGAAACUACAAGAUCUGGACACAGAAAUCAUCUUCUCUACUGGUCAGUGAAAGAGCGCUCCAUAUCAGAGAAGGUUUUGAAAAAGUACUUGAUAAUAUUUUUCAUCCCUCUGUCUUUUAUCAUUUAUUUCACCCCAACUAGGGCCAGACUCUGGAAAAGAGAAGGAUUGUAUCUUCGUUGGCAUGGUCACUGAGGACGUGAAUGUUCAAGAGCUGGUGGAGAUAAUCGCUUCCUUCGGAAGGGAGAUAGAGGACAGUGGAAGGGUAACUGUCAGGUUAAUUGUGAAUUGGAUUUAGAUGGAUAGGAGAACAUCAGUAAAAAUAGUCUGUAUGUUACAUUUCUUUAAACAAAACCUUACUCUUCCUUUUGUAGCUUUUGGAGAACAUGACAGAGGUGGUGAGGAAGGGGAUCCUUGAGGCAGAGCUGCAGCUGCAAAAGGACAACGAGGAGAAACUCAUGGAAGAGGUAAGUUUGUUUGUGUCCGUGUGUGUGUCUCCGUGUUUGUAGGAUCCAGGGAGGCACCUUACUAUCGCAAUGUCAACUUUGGCUCAAGGUUAGAGCUAACAGGCUGUAGAGGUGAGGUGAAACUGCUGUGGGAGCAGUCACUGCCAUAGUUUUUGUGUUACACACUUCAAACACAGUUGUUGCGGUCUGCUUCUAUGUUAACAUGUACAUAUAGCUAAUGUUUGCAUUAUAGAUUCAAUCUUAUAGUGUAAACAGACUUUACAUGUGCUUGUGGUUGGUGCCAAAAACCAGAACGACCGCAUGAACAGCAACCACAUGGCAAAAAUGCACAGAGACAGAAUGCAGCUGCAAAUAAAGAUGUGGCCACAGAGUUGUAGGGGCACUGAGUGACACAGCUUUACUUUCAUAAGACGAGGUGUGAGGUGGUUUGUCCAGCAUGGUCCGAGCGUCCAUGAAUGUCUAAAUGUAAGUAGUUUGUACAGUUCGGUCUUUGCUUGACUAACUUUUUCUCCCUGUGAUUUAGGGAAUGAUGAGACAACUUCCUCUGGUUGGUUCUGUGUUAAACUGGUUUUCUCCAGUUCAGAGCUCCAUAAAGGGCAGGACCUUCAAUCUGGCUGCAGGUAUUGUUUGUCACCUCAAAGUAGAAUUUGCCUGUUUCACCAGUUUAAGAUGAGGUUAGACUAUGUAACACAAUAAACUUUCAUGAAAGUCACAAACCUGUAUUCAACAUAUAGUACAUUUUUUUGUAGGUUAUCAACUCAGCAAAGCUUUUAUGUUAAUGUUUUGUAUCUCCAGGUUCCUUGGACUCCACAGAGGGGACGUACUCCACCAAGGUUCAGACAGGAAGGCCACCUCUGCAAGAUACAACCGCCUCCCCAUCAAUGAAACUGCCAGGUAGGAUCGUUUCUGUGGGUGUUUCUUAUUUCAUUAAAACAUGUAGUGAUAAAAAAUACAAAUAUAUUUUUUCUGUAUUUAAUCAAUUAGCUGCUUUAAUUAUUCAUCAAUAUAAAAUAACCCUGACUGAUGAAGGAGGAAGAUGAGGGUCUGUUUCUUAUUGCACUUUUCUAUUCACAGGUCAGGGGUUAUUUAAGCGCCCGAGCGCGGCCUCUGACUCCUUAAGUGAACCAAACUCCGCAGAACAAACUCCAUCCCAACCUCCACCUGAGGAGGACUCACACACUGAAAGUGACGCUGCAUUCCAGACAAUCUCAGAGUCUCCCGUGCAGACGGAUACGCAGGUGGAGCCUGAUGUGGUCGAGGAGGCGGAGGGGCAGCCUGAGAGUCAAGAAAUGGAUCAUCAAGUCCAGACGGACUAAGUUUUGCAGGUUAGGCAGCUGUCUUCCAACACGUGUAAAGAGAAGGUGUAACUGUUUUUCUAAAUCUAACUUCGCCAGUUGUUGAGGCAAGCUUUGUUGGGGGUUUGCUUUGUCCCACAGACAGAAAAGAUGUCAAAGUCAACUAAAACAUCCAUCACAGGGUUCUCUUUUUAACUUUCAGCUAACUGGAUUUCGAAUAUGUAGAGAUAAAUUUUAAACUGUGAUUUUUUUUUUUUCUCCUUUUGUCGUUGCUACAGCUUUCUGGGAGAUGUGACUCUUCCAUCUUAGGACUGCCUUUAACACACCACACUUGUUUUGUUUUCAGUCAGAUAUCAACAACACGGUUAUAUGAAGUUGGAACAGACUCAGAAUGGAUAAAUGUGCACAGAGGAAUUCAGAAAUAUAUUUUAGGUUAUAAAUAACAGGCUUCAGAUAAGUACUUUUAAUAAACCACAAGUAACAAAAAUAAAGAUAUAUAUGUAUUUAUGUAAAAAAAAUCUUCAUAUUAAUUAAUAAGGUUCACAAAUCAGUUUCUGAUGAACGUACAAAAAUGUUUUGAAUGUUUAAAGUGGAACACCACAAAUACACUGGUUAAAAAGUAAACUGUGUGUUUUCUUGGGGAACGUCGCUGUAUUUGUGUGUAAAUUCUGUCUCACAGCAAACCACAAAUGCUCAUUUCGUUUUAAAGAUGGAUCCCUUUCGGUUAUUUGGCUCCCUACUUUUCCACCAAUCAAAUGUGUUGUUUCACAUGGGGGAGGAGUCACUCCUCAACCAAUCACAUGGAACCUAGUGUGGUCCUGCUGGCGAUGUUUAUGUGUGGGAUGGUAGGGGAAAGUCCCGCCUCCUUCGCCUCUGAUUGGCUAGAAAAACUGGAAACGUCAUCACACGCUUAAGCCAAACGCGGCCUGUCGGCUCUGUACAUCAAACAGAACAUUACAGAACAUUAUCACACCUCUAAAUCUCCUAACCCUAACCCUCAUCCUAAUCCUAAUCCUAAACUUAACCUGACAGACAAUGACGUUUCACAGCACAUAAGGAAUAACCUAUCGGAGCCCAGCACUUCUAGCUAAUAAGAGGUGAAGUACCAUCCUACAAUAAAUAUUUCGCGUCCUGCUGGGAGUCCGAACACUAAUGACAGAAAGCUGUUAGAAUAUCGAUCUUUGCAAUGUCUUUGUGUUGAGAUAGUCCAGCCAACCUUUUGGUGUUUUUGAUGAGUUAACUGUGUGGUCAGCUGUCUAACAUUAAAAAAGACUUGUAUUAGUGAACAUCUUGUGGUAAAAGAACGGUUACUGAUAGCUGUUUACUCAAAGUAAAAUAUCUUUACAUAUGAGACAACAUUAUGGACAAACACUGGACAAACUUUCAGAUUGUAAGCCUAUUUAAUGUCCUUUUAUUUUGCUUUAGCUUGCAUUUAAAUCUCUAACUUUAUCAUUAUUGUUUUACUUUAUUGUAUAUUUUCACAUUUUGACACUUCUCAUGGCCUUUACAGUUUGUGCUGUUUCAACUGUUCCACUUUUAUACCAUCCCCUGUAAAAAGAGGUGCUAGUUUAAAUUACAUCCACUCAUAAACUUCAAUAUAACUUUAAACUGUUCACAGGUUUUUCUACUACUUUUCCUUUUCUAUCCAGAUCUGUUACAGAGCAGGUAUUCAUAUUUUAACUAAACUGUCUGAAUGACAGACAGACUCUUUCCGUUUAACUCACGCUGCUCAGACUGCUGUAGUUUUGGUUUUUUUGUCGACUUUUUUUAUUCAUGUGUGUGGAUUUCAGUUUCAAACACUAAAAAAGGUAUUUUUGUGAACAUCAGAAACUCCUUUGUGAACCUUUUUUUAUUUAUAUGUAGAUUUUUUGUCAUUAAGAUAAAAAAUGUAUAUAUAUUUAUGAGCAUUAAAAAUAUUUAUUUGAAGCGUGUCUGCAGAUUUAUUUGAGCUCUGAAGCUGGUUUGUGAUCCCUCUGUGUGCAUUAAUCCACUCUGAGACUCUUCUAACUCCAUCAAAAUAACACUUUGAUAUUUGACAGGCUUGUUGAAGACAUAAGUGCUUCUGUUGAUGGUUUUAUCCAUGUUGGAGGGUUUUUCUCUGCAUUGACAGGGAUAAUAAGGAUGCACAAAAAGGAGUUUAAGGGGGAAUUUUGUUUUACAGGUAUGAUGAAGUGGUUUAUUUUGACUCUGAUCUUUAAAAUGUCUUCCAGAUAUUUUAUUGGCUAUGAGAGCAAAGAAAAGGUUUUGAUGCCAAAUAAUUUAUCUACCUCCAAAAAGAAACGUUUUACUUUCAUCUGAUUUAGUUUUAAACCCAGCCAUUGAUUUACUAAAUGUAGUAAUUCAAGGUAUAAUCAAAACUACAGUUUGCAUUAUCUAUUUAAUUAAAGUAAACAGGGGGUAAUAAUCAUAUAAUAAUCAUAAUAAUACAGUUACAAUUAGUUACAACUAUAACUACUAAAUCAAAGAUAGGUCACAAUACCCUGAAAUAAUCAUAGUGAGACACAAUUGCAGUAUCUUAACUCCACAGUCAAGGGUUGAAUUAUUCCUCUGCUUUUAUUGUUUAAAAUGAUCAUCUUUUUGUUAACAGCAGAUCAACAAGUACACUGUUCAGACUUUAACAUUAGUAAUGCAUGAGUGGAACUUUUCUUGUUUUAGGGUAAUAUUCAUAACACAUGUGAAUUAUACCCUUGAUUAGCCGAACUGUAGGCGGAGGAGCGCGUAUGUGUCACAUUUAAAACCGUCCUUUGUUAUACCAAAAAAACUUUUGCAAAAAAGAAAAAAAAAAAGAAUACCAAUAGAAAAAAAAUAUAAACAUAAAAUUAGAAUUUGCACUAUUACAGCAAUAACACUACAAAUUUCUUUUUGUUUCAUUUGGUGCCUUUGUGUCGCCUGUGUGGUUGGUUUAUUCUGUUCUAUUCCGUUCUCUGUAAUAUUUUUUUGUCUUAAAAUUUUAUAUAUUUUCUUUAUAAUUGGUUAAAACACGCCAUGAAAAGAAGACUUGAAUGUAAUUGCCAUUGAUUUCUUUGACUGUUGCACAUUAAAUGUUAAAUAAUAACAGGAAGAUACAAAAGCCUCAUCCUUAAAAGAAAGUCCUGUGUUUGUUACCCUUAUACAGUUUGUCAUCAGCACCGUCUUAUCUGUGGAUGAUUGAUUUUUAAAGCCUGUUUGAAUCAAAUCUGUCCUGACAAACCGCCAAGUGCUCAGAGCCAGUUAGUUGUGCAACAUGUGUACUGUCAGGUCAAAUAUGGAUCAAAAACAUUGAUAUACAGCGAAAUCGACAAAAUAGAAGAUUGGUAGGAAUUGUUGCCAAACAGUGUAUCUACUAGUGUUCUAUAUACAUUUUUAAGGGAGUAUAGAAACUCUCCAAAUAUGAUAAAAUCAGAAGAAUUUAAUUUCAACAAGGACAAAAUUUGUUUUCUUGAUUUUUUUCUGCAUCUAUUUUCGAAUAAAGAAACAAGAGCACAUCUAUUUCAAGAGAUGUAAUGUCAUAUCGGUGUGCAUGUUUCACAAAAUACUAUUUUGAAAUUAUUGUUAUUGUGGGCUCUCAGGAAAAACGAUACAUAAGAACACAUUUAAAGGUUUGCACACAUAUUGACACAAGGCAAAAAACAGUGCAUAAUAAUGUUAGUUAUGGAGUUCCACAAGGUAUUCAGACUGAUGCUUUUCACGCCAUAUAAGCUUUAUUUAAGUAAUACCAUGAAAAAAUAUUCCAUGAAUUUUCACUGUUAUGCAGAUGACAAUCAGUUUUACUUAUCAAUGAAGCCAGAAGACAUUUGAUCAGGUUUGUUCUUCAACCCCCAUAUACACCCCAUAUAGUCUUUUUUGUCUUCCAAAUAUUUAAAGAGGCAUCGUAUCGCAAAAUGUUGCAGCACAACGAAUCCAUCCAUUUGGUAGCUCCUAGUUUAGAUUGUUUGAAUUCCUUUUUAUUAGGUUGGUAUAAUAAAUCCACCGGGACUAAUAAACUGGCACAAAAUGCUGCAGCUCAAACACUGACUUUUGACAAGAACGCAGAAGAGAUCACAUCUGUCCACACCUACGAAGCUCUUAAUCUUCAUUCAAAAGAGCUCAUAACUACCCCUCUAAAACACGACCCUGUCAGGAUGCUUAUACAGUAGUGGGGAAUCUUUUUUAGAUCUCAAGACAAAUUGAUUUCAAGUGUCAUUUGGGACAAAAAGAGAAUCAAAAUAAGGGACGCUGGUUGCCUACAACGCCAUCGUGACACAAACUCAAAAAAUGUGAUACGUCAGAUAAGUUUGAGAAAACAAACAAACAAACAAAAACUCUCCCAGGACUAUACUGAAGUUAAUCUUAAUCUAAUUCUACAAAGAUUAAAUCAUUUCUAUGUUUAAUCCAUCAUGCAUUGCCACUGUAAUCUGACACUUUAAAUGAAGCUUAGCUUCCUUACUAUGAUAAUUAUUUAUUUGUUCUUUUUUUACUGCUGCUUUGAAAUCUUGAUUUGUGUUUGUAAUAUUGUUUAAAUGUCCUGUUUUGUUUUUUUUUUGAAUGAAGGGGAAAAAAACAAUAAAAAUAUGUUUUAAAAAAG